UCGUCGGCGACCCAACGACGGGGACGGGCGGAGACCUGCCGCAACAGCGGCGGCGGCCGGCGACGAGCCGCUCGGCGGCUCAGUGCGACGAAGCUUCCUCCGCUUCUCCCAUGGCAGCCACCCCACCAUGGGAAUUUUCUAUUGCGACUUUGGAUGAGAUGAUUAGUUUGGUCGAGGACCGGCGGCGUGGACAAAAGCGGGAUUAGUUGGGGCGAUCACUCCGGCGGCCAGGUCUUAGUUUAAUUCGCAUCGGAAUCACCAUGUCCACCGGCGACGAGAGCCACGGCGAUCCGCGGCCGGAGGAGGCCGACGCUGGCUACGGCGACGUCACCGGCGGGGAGCUGUUCGGUGCCCCCGGCUACGGCUGGGCAGACGUGGCGGCGCUGGGGCCCGGGAUGGCCGGCGCCGCCGUGCGCGUGCGGGGCGCGGCCCACGCGGUGCGCGCCGUGGGGCGGCGCGUCGCGUUCCUCGUGCUGCGGCAGGGGUCGUCCACCGCGCAGUGCGUCGUGGGCGACGCCGCGACGGCGCGCUUCGCCGCGGGGCUGAGCCGGGAGUCGGUGGUGGACGUCGCCGGCGUCGUCUCGCUGCCGCGGGAGCCCGUCCGCGGCACCACGCAGCAGGGGGUGGAGAUCCAAGUGAAGAAGCUCUACUGCAUCAGCAGAGCGACCCCGAACCUGCCCAUCAGCGUGGACGACGCGGCGCGAAGCGAGGAAGAUGUCGCGAGGGCCAAGGCUGCCGGCGAGCAGCUCGUUCAUGUUGGGCAGGACAAGCGCCUCGACUACCGAGUGAUCGACCUGCGCACACCUGCAAACCAGGCGAUUUUCCGUGUUCAAUGCGAAGUUGAAAACAUCUUCAGGAAGGUGUUGCUGUCGGAAGGUUUCGUUGGCAUCCACACGCCGAAGCUGCUCGGCGGGGCCAGCGAAGGCGGCGCGGCGGUGUUCAAGCUGGACUACAACGGGCAGCCUGCGUGCCUGGCGCAGUCGCCCCAGCUCCACAAGCAGACGGCAAUCUGCGGCGGGUUCGAGCGCGUCUUCGAGGUUGGCCCCGUGUUCAGGGCAGAGGACUCCAACACGCACCGCCAUCUGUGUGAGUUCGUUGGCCUCGACAUGGAGAUGGCAAUCAAAGACCAUUACUCCGAGGUUUGUGAUGUUGUGGAUAGGCUGUUCGUUGCUAUGUUCGAUCAUCUGAACAAGAACUGCGCCAAGGAAUUAGAGGCUAUUCACAGGCAGUAUCCAUUUAAACCUUUGAAGUACUUACCGAAGACACUGCGCAUUGACUAUGACGAAGGCAUCCGGAUGCUCAAGGAAGCCGGGGUCCAUGUGGAGGACAUGGGAGACCUCAAAACAGAGGCUGAAAGGAAGCUGGGUGAGCUGGUUCAGGCCAAGUUCGACACUGACUUUUACAUGCUCUGCCGGUACCCGUCGGCGGUGAGGCCGUUCUACACCAUGCCCUGCUCCGACGACCCUCGCUACAGCAACUCCUUCGACGUGUUCGUCCGAGGGGAGGAGAUCAUCUCGGGAGCACAGAGGGUGCACGUCCCGGAGGUCCUGACGAAGCAGGCGGCGGCGAGGGGGGUCGACGUGGGCAGCAUCGCCGCGUACGUGGAGUCGUUCGGGUACGGCGCGCCGCCGCACGGAGGGUUCGGCGUGGGGCUGGAGAGGGUGGUGACGCUCUUCUGCGGCCUCGGCAACAUCAGGAAGGCGUCGCUCUUCCCACGCGACCCCAGGAGGCUGACCCCCUGAACCUCUCUGUCUGUCUGACCGUCUCGUAUGCAUUUUUUCAGUUUCAGUGGCAAGAAAUUUCUACAUCAACACAAAUACUGGACCCAUGAAUC